AAAAUAUAAUAAAAAUCCAAAUAAACCAAAAAUAAAAGAGCGAUAAACCUAUAUUAUAAGAUGUCUUAAGAUAUUUUUGAAUUAAUUGAAGAAUAAACCCAAAACAAUGACCCCAACACAAUCGAAGAACUCGUUUUGGACAAGUCUAAGAUUGGCAAAUUUACUGAAGAAAUUAAAAAGAAGUUAGAAUCCUUCCCCAACUUGACAUCCCUCUCUUUGAACGAAUGUGAAAUCACCUCUUUGGAAAAUUUCCCUAAGCUUCCUAAAUUGAUUAGAGUUGAGUUGAUUGAUAAUAAAAUUACAGGUUAAUAACUCAAGCAUUUACUCCACUUAAGUGAAUUACAAUCUCUCUCUUUGGGCGGUAAUCUCAUUAAGAACCUCAAGGAAAUCGAUGUCCUCUAAUAACUCCCUAAACUUUUCUAACUUGAUUUCCUCAACAACGAUGUAGCUUAAGAUCCUAACUACAGAGAAUACGUAUUUUCUACUUUGAAGGGUCUUGGAAUCCUUGAUAACUAUGAUAGCAAGGGUCAAGAAGUCCAAUACGAUGAUGAAGACGAUGAAGAUGGUGAUGAUUAAGAUGACGAAGACGAAGACGAAGAAGAUGAUGAAGAUGAAGAUGAAGGCGAUGAAGGUGAUGAUGAUGAAGAAGGUGUUAACUAAAACGAAGAAAGUGAUGAUGAUGAAGAAGUCGAAGAAGAAGAAGGUGACGAAGAAUUCGACGAAGGUGCUGAUGACGAUGAUGCUGAAGAUGAAGAAGAUGAUGAUGAUGCUGAAGCCAUUGAACAAAAAUCUACCCAAAAGAAGAAAGUUAAACCUAAUUGA